CAAUGGCCGGGAAAAUGGAUAAGACGACAAAAAUCGUGGUCGCGGUGGUGGGUUCUCUCGGGCUGCUUAGCACAAUCAUGGGGUUCUCCGCCGAAGGCACGAAGCUCACUGCUUCGGACGUGCUGAUCGGCGACGGGGCGUGCUACUACCCGCGCAACUCAUCGCUGGCGCUCGCGAUCUGCGCCGCCCUCUUCCUGGUAGUUGCCCAGGUCAUCUUCGCGGCCGUCGGCGGCUGCUGCGGAUGCUGCAAGUCCCGCACCAUGCCCUCCGAGAAGAACCGGAUCAUCGGCGUUGUCUGCGCCGUCGUCUCAUGGAUAGCGGCGGUGAUCGCGUUCGCGCUGUUCGUGGAUGGCGCGGCGGUUAACGGCGAGGGUCUGCGGGAGACGGACACGUUCGGGCAGUGCUUCAUCCUCAAGGACGGCAUCUUCGCCGGGGCGGCCAUCCUCACGCUCGCCGCCACGGCACUCGGGAUCACCUCCUACGUCCUGCUCGGGAGGCAGACGGACGCGGCCGCCGCUGCCGCGCCCAAGGCAGGAGGCGGGAUCGCAAUGGGGCAGCCGCAGUUCCCGCAGCAGUCUCCUCCCCAGUGGUACGGCCAGGCCCCGCCGCCGAACUACCCGCAGUACCCUCCUCCUCCAGCACAGGGCUAUGGAGCGCACCGACCAAACCAGCAGUUUCCCCAUCCUCAAGGACAUGCGCAGGUGUAG